ACAUAUGGAAAUAGAACUUUAUAAUUAAUGAAAAGUAAAAACAUCAUAGCCAUAUAAGUAAAACAAUAUAUACCACAAGAAAAUAAACAAAUAAUUAUACAAUUUUAAUGAUACCAAGAAUAUAGAAAACUUGAUCUCAAUGUGUAUAUACGCACAAACCUAUUGAUAUGCAACAACACACAACCAUAACAAAGAAAAGAAAAGACGCAACAUUCACUAUGGAUUGUCUGAAGAAAACUCUCUUGUUCCUACUCUCAUGCACGGCGAUUCUGCUAAGUAACAACAUAGUCGCAGCUACAAACGUUGGCUUGAACUAUGGCCUUCUCGGAGACAACCUCCCGCCACCUCCCCAGGUUAUCAACCUUUACAAGUCCAUAGGCAUCACCAAAAUCCGAAUCUUCGACCCAAACGUAGAGGUUCUCAACGCCUUACGUGGCCACCAAGAUAUUGGAGUCACCGUAGGCGUCAAGGACCAAGACUUGGCUGCUCUUGCAGCCAGUGAAGAAGCUGUUAAAGGCUGGUUCGCUACCAACAUCGAGCCUUACUUAACCGACGUCAACAUCACGUUCAUUACAGUUGGUAACGAAGUCAUCCCUGGACCGCUCGGAUCUCAAGUGCUUCCCGUCGUGAAGUCUCUCACCAACCUCGUCGAGUCUAGGAGUCUUCAGAUCUCCAUAACCACCGUUGUCUCAAUGGCAAACCUCGGAGAAUCUUACCCACCUUCCUCCGGAACGUUCACGCCCCUAGCGCGUGAACAACUCACCCCGGUUCUGAAGUUUCUGUCUGAAAAAAGUGUACCAAUACUCGUCAACAUGUACCCUUACUUCCCUUACGCAUCAGACCCAGUGAACAUUCAUCUCGACUAUGCAACUUUCAACACUGAGGCCCUCGUGGUCCAAGACGGACCACUAGGCUAUUCAAACAUGUUUGAUGCUAUGUAUGACGCCUUCUUGUGGGCAAUGGAGAAGGAAGGCGUGGAAGAUUUACCGUUGGUGGUGUCCGAGACCGGGUGGCCGUCUGCAGGGAAUGGUGACCUUACCACGCCGCUUAUUGCAUCUACCUAUAACAGGAACUUUGUGAAGCAUAUAGAAAGUGGCAAAGGGACGCCAAAGAGGUCAAACUGUAGCAUUGAUGGGUAUAUAUUCGCUACUUUUAACGAGAAUCUAAAACCAGCUGGGACUGAACAACACUUUGGUUUGUUUGAACCUACUGAUAUGAAGCCCGUCUACAAGUUGUUUUGAAUUUUUUUUAGAUUCUUGUUGUUAGACUAUUUAUUAUGUCUAAUUCUUUAUUUAUAACUCUCUGGUAUUUGCAAUAGAGUGGGAUAACCUGCAUCAUUUAUUUAUAAGAUUUCAGCUUUCUUUUGAUAUAAUGAGAUAUUGAAGCCGAACUCAAUUGUGUUUGGAGUUUGCUUUAUGAUGAAAUUUGAAAUUAUAUUUUUUUUUAUUCAAAAAGUGUAUUUAGUGUUACAAGUUUGAUCGAGCAGGUAUGUUUGUUUGACAGAAGUUACAUAAGUAAGAAGUUCUGGAGAGUCUUGUGCUCGUUUAAACCAUGAACAUUUGAUUGAUAUGACAGAAGGCAAAACCCUUGUUUAUCAAUGGAGCUCAUUAUUAUCAGGCUUCCUGGAACAAGCUAAUCAAGCCUUCCUUGGAAGGACUCUCCAGCCAGAGAUUGACGCACAUCAUCUAGGACAACAAGAAUCCUUUUAUUGCAUAGGUUGUCCCUGUGAAGGCUCGGUCUCAUAAUGUACUAAGAACCCUACAUGUCAAACUCUCCUUAGAAUUUUACUAAUUUUUUCAUCAAGCAAAAGGUGAAGUUCUUCAUCAAAGAUUACGAUGAAAUAAGGAGAUCAUAAUCAGUGGAUGUGGCUAAAGACUGCUUUAGAAAGUGUUGUCUUGCAUAGGGGGCUUCUUUCAAAACCCAAGUCUUAGAUUUUUGUGGUGCAAAGAGGCCAAAUGGUUAGCAUGAAUGGGUUUUUGUUUGCCACAUUCAAUGAGAAUCAGAAGCCAGGUUGGAACCGAACAUAACUUGGGGUUGUAAACAAUGCUCCAACAGUUGUAAAUAAAGUGGGGUAUAUGAUUAAAAUUUACAGUAACACACUUUUAAUGGUGCUUGUAGUAAAUUAAUCAGGAAUUUUUUGUUUUUUAAUGUUUUGACCAGCCCCUAGGUAUUUUAGUACUAAAAAUUUCUUGGCAGGAACUACAUAUUUCCUUGAAAUUGAAGAUAUCACUCAAAGCAAAACAUAAUAGGUUCAGUGAAGAGUAAUAUCAACAGAGUAAUCUCUGUUUUGACAACUUUGAGACAACCAGAAAAAAGAAAAAAA